AUGGCUGCUUCUUCCUCUGCCUCCAGUGACAGUGAUCGCUGGGACGUUCAGCCCAAAGAUGCUAAACGCAUGCUCGCAGAAGACUCCUACGAUGACUGUCUAUCCUGUCGCAUCACAGGUUCUGCCGCUUUUGUCGGUCUCGGUGUCUACAGCUACUGGACGGGCAUGAAAAACCUCAGAAAACAAGAAAAGACGAUCAUGCGAAGCGCCACCAAGUACAAGAUGGGAUCUCGGCGCCUCGGCAUUGCUACAAUUUCCGCUACCCUCGUCGGCAUGGGCAUUUGGAGGGCGUUCAACUAA